CCAAACUUCCAGUGAAUUUACUCUUCAUUCCCCUCCCAGGAAGACGAGUCGAUCUCCACUGAUCCGUUCUUCUUAAAUCUUCACCAUCAGUUUCUGAUUUCCUCAGAGUUUCCCAGACAUCAGCGAUGGAUGCCAACAGCAGCACUGAGGCGAUAUAUGAAAACACAGAGGAGUUGGCAAAAGGCUCUAACAGACGAUGUUCUUCUUUCCGCCUGCUGCUGGUUUCUGUGGGGAUACUUUCUGUCCUGCUGCUGGUCAGCAUCGGGAUCAUCUGCUGGGCUGGUUGGAAAAUGAACCAACUUGAUGAAGCCUUCAAAAAACAUUCAGCAGAGAUGAAGGAUCUGGGGGAAAAAUCACAGAACCAAACUGAGAAACUGAACCAGAAAAUCCAGUUGAUCCAGAAAUUCAACACCUUUCUGAUAAAUGAACACUGCAACGGCAGUGAGUGUCUGCUGUGUCAGACGGGUUGGACCUUCUUCAAUGAGUCAUGCUACUUUUUCAGUAAAGUUUCUCUGACUUGGGCUGAAAGUCGUCUGUUCUGUCAGGAUAAAUCUGCUGAUCUGAUUGUUAUUAAUAAUCUGCAGGAACAGAAAUUCAUUUAUGACAACAUGAAUUCAUUCCACUGGUUGGGGCUGUAUAGAAGUGGGAGCGACUGGUAUUGGGUUGACCGUCGUAUCGACACACUAAAGUUCUGGAGGUUGUCUGACCCGGACUCUAAUGAAUCAUAUGCACGCAUGUAUCGAUCGGGGAAUCCCACAGCGAGUUGGGCCUCAGUACCAAAUUCAUACACCUACUCCCCCCUCUGUGAGCAGAAAGCCUUCAAAGUGUCUCUUAAUUAACUCUGUUUCUAUUUCCUCCUUUUUCUGCUGCAGUUUUUCCAGAUCAACAGAUUUUAUAUAAAUAAUCAGAAUUUUUUCAAAAAUUUAACAUGAAUAUAUUUAAUUUUUAUUUUUAUUAAUUUCACUAUUCAGUCAGUAUAAAUGUGUUCUGCCACAUUUAUACUGUUUUUGUGACUUUAAUAAAAAUAAAUACAAGAACUCAAAUAAUUUAACUCAAUAUGUUUGGAUUUACUUUUUUUCCAAACCAAACU